AUGAACUCAGUCUCAUUAGAAAUGCCUUUAGAUGCACUCUUGGAAGGUUCAUCUACUUAUAAAAUAUAUAAUGAAUCAGACAAAGAGUUUAGUAACUGUACAUAUAACGUUACCAACUCUUACCCAAUAAAUUAUAAGGAUGAAAAAAUUAAGAACAUUUUCAAACAAAUGAUAAAGAAUUUAAAUGAAUUUUCAUCAAAUUUAGAAACCCAAAAUUAUAAUCAUAUGGACUGUUGUACUUACUUAAAUUUUUUGAUAUAUAGUAAAUUAUAUAAAUUAUAUAAAUAUACUGAUACAAAUACAUACAGAUACAUUUUAGACAUACCUGAGAUCAACAAAAUUAGUAAAAAAGAUAUAGAAAUUAAUAAAGAUUUAAUUCGGGAAAAAUUGAAACAAAGUUUUAAUACGAAAAUUUUAGAAAAAAAACAAAAAAUCGAAAUAGCAUAUGUAAUGGAUGAAAGUCAUGAGAGUGAAAAAAAGACUCAACAAUCAAAGUUGUAA